AUGGCAACCGACGUCAAGCCUACAGUCCCAAUGUCCGCUUUUGAGAAGUACUUGCCCCUCAAGAUCAUCGGCAAAGGCGACGAUGGCAUUAUUCUCUUAGCUAUCGAAAGGAAAGGCGCCGUACCAGCCCGCACAACCGUCAAGAUCGAAAACUCAGCGCCCGCGCUCCGCGCUCAGCUUGUCGCCCUCAAAGUCGUCGAUCCUGAAAAGCGAGGUAUUGUCACUUCCCGCUUCCUCGACCAGCUCAAGUCCGCUCAGAACGAUCCCGAAUACCCUCUCGCUUCAUUUCUUGACAAUGAUCCCGGCCUUGCAUGGUACACCAUGAGCUAUGUCUCCGGCCUCAGCGUUCAGCAGCUUCUCGUCACAUCUGGCCUAUUGCCUCCGUUCCUCCUGUUCCACGUCUUUGUCCAACUUUGUCAAGCGCAAUUCCACCUCAAGACCAGAGGUCUCUGCCAUAUCGAUCUCAAGCAGGGCGGAAACGUUAUCUUGCGGCCGGGAGAGGAUGAGGGCGGGCUCCCGGAUGUGAUACUCGUCGAUUUCGGAGGCGUCAAGAGCUAUAAUGCAUCCAGAGAUUGGAAGAUCUGCGAGCAUGUGCUGUUCUUCGUGAGUCGAGCUGCUGGGGGACAGCGGAGGGUGGAUGGUGGGGGGAGAGCGGUUGCGAGUGAGACGGAUGUGGGGCAGGCUGACCAGUUUCUGGAGUAUGUGCAUGCAUAUGUGGAGAGCGGUGUGGAGGAGCGUUGGACCUGGAGCUUGGAGGUCGUAUGGGAGAAAUGGGGCGGUAUUGCGAAGCACCUGGGGGAAGCGUUCCGCGAUGAUCGGGUAGUGAGGGAGCUGGAGACAGUGCUGCGUGAACCCGUUAUUGGCAAUGGAGAGCUGCAGGAGUGCAUCGGUAGAGGAGGAUUAGAGUUAGAACUGUCUCUUUUCGAGUAG